AUGGCGAGCCGUACGCGACUUCCAAAAGGCGGACGACGGACCGCUGUCCGCGGUUGUAUCGUUGCCGCCUCGCCGCCUGCGGGUUUGUGUCUGCUCAUAGCGUUGGUAAGACAUCGACCAGGCACGCGAUUGCCCGACCGCGACCGACCUUAUGCGGUUGUUAAGAACUUGGUGGAAGGCACGCGGAGCGGUCUUGGCAAAUUGUGCACUCCGCUUUCACUCCGACGUCGAGGAACUACCCCUCUGAUGGACGACGUCGACGGCCAGCCUUUGCAGCGGCUGCGUACCAUUACACCCGGCCGAUCGUGCAUCGCCUGUGCUAGGCGGAAGAUCAAAUGUGAUAGAAGGCAGCCAUGUGGCUACUGCAGACGAUUACAGGCGCAAUGUCGCUACCCUGACCAUGAGGCACGAGAGAGUCAACCCCCCGAUGAUGCUAUUCUCACCAGGUUGAGACGCAUAGAGACCCUCCUAAGGCGUCUCCAAGACAGCGAGACUGCCAGGGAGCUACCGCAGCAGACAGCUUCACCGGCCGACAGGUUUGUCGUUGAUACAACUGCCGCAGUCUACCCACAUUCAUCUCCAGGUCAUACGAUAUUGUCACCCGGCGGAAAGCUCGUGGUUGGCAGAGAGGAAUCUCGCUUCACGAGCGGUGGGUUCUGGGCCGAACUCGACGACGAGAACACAGGAGAGGACAGCGAUGGCCCGACCUCCCCGGCUACGCAACUCGCUGAUGCCAUGAUCGCCGGCUGUCCCGAUGCAGAAUCCAUCCUCUUCCCUUCAAUCGAUCCGGGACAUGGCAGUGUGCAUCUUCAGCCUCCUGUCGAACAGUUAUUCUCACUCUGGCAGCUCUUCAUUGACCGCGUGGAUCCUCUACUCAAGAUCCUCCAUGUCCCAACAACUCAAAGGCAGAUCUUCCAGGCCAGCUCCCAAAUGAUGGAAGAUGACCCGGGUUUUACGGCUCUGAUGUUCGCUAUUUGCUAUGCGGCGAUAUCGAGCACCCAGAACGGUCUUGCGAGUGAACGCGAGGCCACGCUCACGCGCUACCGUCACGGUCUCCAGAGCGCGCUGGUCCGGGCGGAGUUCUUGAGCAGACCGACAUUAUACUCGUUGCAAGCCCUGGUGCUUUUCCUGAUAUGCGCGCGCCACCAUACCGACAGAACAUACAUCUGGUCCGUGACUGGCGUGGCAACCCGUCUCGCCACGAAGAUCGGAUUGCAUCAGGAUCCCUCUAGCCUUGGUAUGGGGCCUUUGGCGGCGGAGAUGCGGAGACGACUGUGGUGGCAGAUCGUCAUUCUCGAUGUACUGACAGCGGAAGAGAAUGACAUGGAUCCUGCGAUUCACGAACACAUGUUUGAUACCAAGAUGCCGUCAAACUUCAAUGAUCAGGACCUGGACAGCUCCAUGACGGCGCCACCAUCACCGUCGGACUGUCGCACGGAGAUGUUAUUUGCCCUGCAGAGGGUCGAGAUCAGCUACGCAGCACGCAAAACCAUGUUUUCGGCAAAGUUCACCGCGGACAAUGGCUAUGAGGCCUUGUCUGUCCAGCAGAAGAGCGAAUUCAUCGAUGACUUGCAGCUGAAGCUGCAUGAGAAAUACUACCGCCACUGCGACUCACAAAUACCACUAUGUGCAUUGACAACCACAGCGUCCAGCCUGGUCUUGUCGAGGAUGAGACUCACGGUAGCUUCUUCACGCCUGUCCGGGAACCCGUUGCCAGCGCCAACCAACCUUACGACCAGCUGCAUGCACAUUGUCGAAGGUAUCCAGUCGUUACGAGCACACGAGUUGUACGAAAAAUGGACCUGGCUCUUUCAGCGAUACGUCGAAUGGGACGCUAUAGCCAUUCUGCUCAACUGCCUUGCCAAGUCUGAAGUCCCAGGCUCUGAAAAGGUAUGGAAACUAGUGCGUAAGUUUUGGGCAAGCUGGGGCCAUCGGGUUCCGCCAGGCAGCAUUCGUCAACGAUGGCGUCGUCUGGAGAGCUUGAGGAAGAAGGCUGAGCGUGCAAACUCGGGUGAAGCAUUUCGCACCGAGAUCAGCGGGACAGAAUCGCUGCGGAUGACAGUCCCAUACACCCUGCAACCGUCUACAGCCAGUGCGGCGGCGCCGCGCCAGGCUGGAAAUAUUGCUCCGACACAUUUCAUCUCCCAACCUUCGACAUCGGCUACUCAGCAAAUGCAGCAGCCCUUUUCCUGGGACUGGGAACUUGAGGAAGGGAUGACGAAUGACUCAAACUGGAACAUCGAUCUGGACGAAUUCCAUCUAUCUGGGUGGUGA